AUGGUUCAGAUUGAUCGACUCCUAGCAGAUGAAGUAAUUCGUAAUUGUAAUUAAGAAAGUAUAAUCACUAGCCACUUAUUCAUUUUACAUUCGAGACUAAUUGAAAUCCAGCAAAUUAAUCAAGAAAUUUAAACAGGGUUGUAAUUAAAAAUUCAGAUGACGGAGAAGAGAGGGGAGCACUUUGUGCUGGUUCAUGGAAGUUUACAUGGUGCGUGGUGCUGGUACAAGGUGGCAACACGGCUGAGAUCAGAGGGGCACAGAGUCACAGCGCUUGACUCGGCAGCUUGUGGCAUUAACCCAAAGCAGGUUCAAGAGGUCCAGUCCUAUACUGACUACUAUGAACCCCUGAUGGAGUUUAUGGCCACCUUAGCACCAGAUGAGAAGGUGAUUCUGGUGGGCCACAGCUAUGGUGGAUAUGGCGUGUCGAUAGCCAUGGAGGCUUACCCUGAAAAGAUUGCUGUUGCUGUUUUCGUUGCUGCUAAUAUGCCUGGUCCAGACCUUACUUAUCUCACCAUCUCUCAAAGAUCUACAACAAAGUACUGGGGUCAUUCAAGGAUGAUAUGUACACAAUUGAUCAAAGCUCGGAUGGACGUGUAAUCUCCUACAUCUUAAAACCAGAGGCGUUGGCCUCCAAACUGUAUCAGCUCUCACCAACUGAGGAUCUGACUCUAGCAACUAUGUUGGUGAGGCCACAUUCUUCACAAGCCGACACAAAUGCAUCAGAAAUACUGAUGGUGAGUAAAGAAAAGUAUGGUUCAGUUCAUCGUGUUUAUAUUGUGGCGGAUCAAGAUAUGUUGCUACCGGAAGAAAUACAAAGGUGGAUGAUUCAAAUGAAUCCACCAAAUGAGGUGAAGGUGAUCCAGGGUUCUGAUCACAUGACCAUGUUCUCAAAGCCACAGGAGCUCUGCUCUUGCCUUCUAGCAAUUGCCCAGCAAAACUGCUGAUGAAUUGCAGUACUCUGCGUUCCUUCUCAGAACGGGCAUUAUUUCUGUCAUCUAUAGAGAACCUAAGGUAAAUUUGAUUUGUAUGAAUGAGUCGCAGUAACAAUGUACUACAAUAAUUGAGCUUUGCAAUUAUGAGACAAGGCCUUCCUGUA